UGAAGGCAGAGGGAAAUACUGCCUUUGCCGGGACGGGAGCGGCGCAGGAUCAGGACAUGGAGUAUGCAGAGGCCAAGAAGGGGAAGAGGGGGUUCGUGUCGCCCAUCAAGCGGCUGGUUUUCCCCAAAGCCGCUCGCCGGCAGGCGCUCCGGAGCAGCUUCUACCGCCGCCCGCUGCACUCGGUCCCCCUCUACCCCCCGGAUUACCUCAUCGACCCCCAAAUCCUCCUGCACGACUACGUGGAGAAGGAGGCGAAGUUUCUAGGCCACUUGACGUGGGUGACCUCCUCUCUGAACCCCUCCAGCCGGGAUGAGCUGCUGCAGCUGCUGGACACAGCCAGGCAGCUGAAGGAGCUGCCGCUGAAGACCACGCCGGAGCAGGACAGCAUCCUGAGCCUGUCCGCCCGCUGCCUGCUGCUCACCUGGAGAGACAACGAGGAGCUCAUCCUCCGCAUCCCCACCCACGAGAUCGCCGCUGCUUCUUACCUGCGGGACGAUGCCUUGCACCUCCUCGUGCUGAAAACAGGUCUGGGUGUGGACCCGGUGCCGGCCGGGGGCAGCCUGGACAUGUACCCGGGGGGCAUCCUGGAGAAGAAGUUCCCAGGAGGGGCAGCGGAGAAGCGGCCGGGGGGCGGCACCAUGGAGCGCCGGCACACCAUCUGCAGCCUGGACUGGAAGAUGGCACGGGGCGGGCAGGAGGGCAAGCAGGCCGGGGGCGGCAGCCUGGAGCGCAAGCCGGCCGGUGGCAGCUGGGAGAAGCAGCGUGGCGCCCGGCCCUUCGGGAGCUGGGAGCGCCGGCAGACCCACGGCGGGAGCUGGGAGCGCCGGCAGACCUACAGCGGGAGCUGGGAGCGGGGCAAGGCGGGGGGCAGCUGGGAGCGCCGGCACGCCGGGGCCAACCCCCUGGAGCCCCAGGAGACCAGCCCCGAGGCCUACUGCAACCUGGUCAUCCUGGCCGUGGCCAACCGGGACGCGGCGGAGGAGUCCUGUGCGCUCAUCUGCCAGGUCUUCCAGAUCAUCUACGGCGACCAGAGCAUCGAGUGCGUGGACCGGGCCGGCUACCACUACACGUCCACGCCCGAGCGCCCCUGGCUCUACAGCCGCAGCGAGAGCUGCCGCACCGACGGGACGUACGGCUACGACGCAGACUUCAGCUGCUGCAGCUCCUUCAACGGCUCCCACGAGACCUUUGAAGCCUACUACAGCGGGACGUCCUCACCCUCCUUCCGGCAGUCGCAUCACAGCCUGGCCACGGCCUGCAGCGGGAGCGACCAGAGCAGCGUGGGGCUGGAGCAGCUGCAGGACUACAUGAUCACGCUGCGGAACAAGCUGUCUCCCCCGGAGAUCCAGCAGUUCGCCCUGCUGCUGCGGGAGUAUCGCCUGGGCAUGGCCGUGCAGGACUACUGCGCCGACCUCCUGCGGCUCUACGGGGACAAGCGCAAGUUCCUGCUCCUGGGCAUGCGGCCCUUCAUCCCCGACCAGGACAUCGGCUACUUCGAGGGCUUCCUGGAGAGCAUCGGCAUCCGGGACGGGGGCAUCCUGACCGACAGCUUCGGGCGCAUCAAGCGCAGCAUGAGCAACACGUCGGCCUCGGCCGUGCGCAGCUACGACAGCUGGUCCCUGCGCUCCGAGGCCGAGUCCUUCAACCGCCGCAUCACGGACAUCACGCACGACAUCGAGGCCCUGGCACGCGACCAGGGAGAUGGCGAGGAUGAGGAUGAGGAUGAGGAUGAGGACGAGGAGGACAACUACCUAUGAGGGGGGACCCUGCCCCUGCCUGCUUAUAGGAGGCUGAGCCCCCGGGCAUCCCAGGUGGCACCGGCUCGCGCUCCCCUUCUGCCUGGGGCUGCCCAGGCCUUUAACCUUGCAGCUCCUGUGAUGCUGCCUGCUCUCUCCCUUGCACCGUCGGCCAUGAAGGACAAGGACAGGGAGCCGUAGCCCUUCCCUGGUGUGGCGGGAGCCCGUGAGGAUCCCUGCACGCUCCAGGUUGGGAGGAAGGGGCCAGCUGGAGUUGCUGCUUCUGUUCCAGCGGCCGUGGGGGGAGGUUGCAGGAGAGGGCAGCUGCUCUGUGCAGGCAGGCGGCUUUUGUUAGCGCUAAUUGGAUUCCCUCACACCCCCCUUGAGGGGAGCCCGGAGCCCCUGGGGUGGCACUGACAUGUGUGAUCAUUGAUGCUGCGUGCAAUUAAAGUCCGGGGCUGGCA